GCCCUCGCGCACGUGGUGAGGCCAGCGCCUCAUAAACAAGCCGCAGACACAGUCCGCUGCUCAGUGCGUCUCCCCGCUCAUCAGACGAUGGCACUGGCCGACACGGAGCGCGCGCUGUCCGCCUGCGGGGACGCGGGCCCCCCGUUCCCCGAGAUCAUCGAGCUGAACGUCGGCGGUCAGGUGUAUGUGACCAGGCACAGGACUCUGGUCGCCGUGCCGGACUCGCUGCUGUGGAACAUGUUCUGCAAAAAGUCGCCCAAGGAGUUGGCGAGGGACAGCAAGGGGCGCUUCUUCUUGGACAGGGACGGCUUCUUGUUCCGCUACAUCCUCGACUACCUGCGCGACCUGAACCUGGUGCUGCCGGACUACUUCCCCGAGAAGAGUCGACUGCAGCGGGAGGCGGACUUCUUCCAGCUGCGGGACCUCGCCCGGCGCCUCAGCCCCCGGCUGAGUACGGACAACUCCAUCGGCGAGGAGAUCGGCCAGAGUGACACGGAGGAGGGCGCGCAGCCGUGCGGCGCCUCCGUCGGCGCGGAGACUUUACGCGCCGUGUCCAUCGGCGGCGCCACGCGCUCCCCGUCGCUGGACUCCAGGAAGUCGGGCUACAUCACGGUGGGGUACCGCGGCUCCUACACCAUCGGACGGGACAUCCAGACCGACGCCAAGUUCCGGAGAGUGGCGCGCAUCACGGUGUGCGGGAAGACCUCCCUGGCCAAGGAGGUGUUCGGGGACACGCUGAACGAGAGCAGGGACCCGGACAGGCCGCCGGAGAGGUACACGUCCCGCUACUACCUGAAGUAUAAUUUUCUAGAGCAGGCGUUCGACAAGCUCACAGAGGUGGGCUUCCACAUGGUGGCCUGCAGCUCCACCGGCACCUGCGCCUACACCAGCAACGAUCCGAACGAGGACAAAAUCUGGACGAGCUACACCGAAUAUGUCUUCUGUCGGGACUAACCGACAGAAGAUGUUAAUAGACAGAGAGGGGAUGUCUUUAAUAAGGAAAGUGUUGAAUGGAAACGUUUUGUCAAGGCCGAGGUACUGCAGAAACAUCAGCCCCAUCAUUCCGCAAAUAGCCAAGUAGCAGUAUUACCUGACUCUGAGGUCAACCAGGGACAGAUGCCAAAAAAGAAGAAGAAAAAAGAAUAGAUGAUAUUCAAAGGAAUUUUCUACAGCCGGUCAAGAGAAGAUCAUGCAAUUUGGAUUAUCAAAGUGAGCAAGCAGAGAUUGCAGUUGGAGUCGAAUCCACUCGUCCAAAAGCCCCAUUGUGUGGAAGAGCACCAACGAAAGGCCAUCACCUCUAUUUCAUGGAACUGCAUGUCAGUGUUUCCGUCGUAUCGGACUCAGUGCUGUGUGAAUUUGAGCGGCAUCCAGGAACCAGACGAGCGAGCGGCGAUUAGUAUUCAGUGUCAUUGUAAUUUCCCAUGCUCGGCCUGAUCACAUGUUUUGGCCAAGUUUUUGUAUCAUCCAACGAAUAGGAUCUAAUAGCAGUUCACACGAUAUGAUUGUAAGUGUAUACGUGUUUGCCUGGUAGAGUUUUGUGUUUGUUCAACCUGUUCAGAUGAAAUAAAAUCUUCUACUCGGUUUAUUCUCAGCCCCUUU